AUGGCUGCAGAGAGCGAGACCAAAGCUCAAGAGGCGCAGAGCAACGGAGUAGAGCAAGCCGUGGCGCAGGACGGGCAGGAUGCCGAGCAAGAGCAGGAACAAGCAGUCGAGAACGUCUUCCAGCUCACCAUCCGUCUACCUCACGCUCCCGGACAAUGCCAAAUCAUGGUCAGCCACCUUGAGCAGGUGCAAGACAUCCGCCAGUCCAUCAUCGACCUCCCCUUCACCUUCCAGUACACGUGCUUCCACCUCGAGCACAAGGGCAAGCGCAUCAAUGACUUCAUCGAGCUCUCCGAAGUGCCCGACAUCCAGCAAGACCCAGAGGCUCACCUCGUCGAGGACCCCUACACCGAGACACAAGCCCGCAUGCACUUUGUGCGCAUUCGUGAAUUGAUUGGUGCAUCUGGCGAUCGCACCGAUCUGUUGCACGGUCUUGACGCUGGUCUCUCGCUGCACGACCACAUCAUCAAGCCGACUCCUGCCGACCAGCCAGAGGCUCCUGCUAGCGAGCACGCUAUGGUCGACUACGAGCUCGAUGCCCGCGGCUCCGUCAAGACUCUUCUUUCUCCCUCGCCCGAGAAUGCGCCCAAGACAGUCAAGUCAUUGGCUCUGUCCGCUUGGAACCCGGCCCCAUACCACCUGCGCCAGAAGGGUCAUCUUAUGUACUUGCUUGUAACUACCCUCGAGGGCGAGCAAUUCCACAUUACGUCUCACGUCUCUGGCUUCUUCGUCAACAAGUCGACCAACAACAAGUUCGAUCCCUUCCCUCGCACCGCCCCUAAGCCGCACUCGGCACACUCGCUCCUUACUCUGCUUGGUCAAAUCUCGCCCUCCUUCAACGACGCUUUCCGCAGUCUGCAGGAAUACAACGGUCUGCGUGAUCCCUUGGCUGCUUUCCAGCUUGCCAAUGCUGUUCCUGCUAGCCCAUGGCUCGUUGCGCCCAGCUCAGCUUCCUUGUCAGCCCACGUUGCUGAUGCUGCCCGUACUCAGGAGAGCUACCUCCUUGCUGGUCCCGAGAACGCAGAGACUCUUCGCGACUGGAACGAGGAGUUCCAAUCUACUCGCGAACUUCCUAAGGAGAACGUUCAGGACCGUGUCUUCAGGGAGAGACUUACCGCAAAGCUUUUUGCUGAGUACAACGAGGCUGCUGUUAGGGGCGCUGUCCUUGUUGCUCGCGGUGAGGUUGCCCCUCUUAACCCCACCGAACCCCGCGACGCUCAGAUCUUCGUCUACAACAAUGUCUUCUACUCUUUCGGUGCCGACGGUGUAGGCACUUUCGCUGCCGAUGGUGGCGAUGAGGCUGCUCGUGUCGCCACUGGCAAGGACAUCAUGGGCGUCAAGGCUACUAACCAGUUGGACAUCUCUGGAAUCUUCACUCCUGGAACCGUCGUUGUCGACUACCUUGGCAAGCGUCUUGUUGGUCAGAGUAUUGUGCCUGGUAUAUUCAAGCAGAGAGAGCCUGGUGAGCACCAGAUUGACUAUGGCGGUGUUGAGGGUAGAGAUGUCAUCGCUGAAAACGACGACUUCAAGCAGCCCUUCGCCGAGCUCUCCAAGGCUCUGCGUGUUAAGAGCCAUCCCGUUUGGGACAAGGAGAACAAGAGACACGAUCUUGAGGCUAGUGUUGAGACCAAGGGACUUCUCGGCACUGAUGGCAGAAAAUACAUUUUGGACUUGUACCGCAUUACUCCCCUGGAUGUCGCUUGGCUCGAGAAGUACCGUAAGGAGAGCUCUACCGAGAACGAUAACUACCCUCACAGAAUGGCCGUCCUCCGUCCUGAACUCGUCGAGUCAUACUGGAGACUGAAGCUUCGCGAGUACGUUCAGGCCGAAGUUCAAAAGCGUCGUGAGGCUAAGAAGGAGGCCACCUCCGAGGGUGAGACCGAUGAGGCCGAGAAGAAGGAGCCUGAGCAAGAGCGUGUUGAUGUCUCUGGCUUCCAAUACAGUCUCAACCCUGACGUGUUCUGCGGUCAACGUCCUCAGACCGAGGAAGAGAAGGAGCAAUGGUCCAAGGAUGAGGUUGAGGUCCGCGCAGCUUGCAAAUAUCUCUCAGAAGACAUUAUCCCCAAGAUGAUCUCGGAUCUUCAGGACGGUGAUGUUGGCUUCCCUAUGGACGGUCAAUCACUUACAAACCUUCUUCACAAGCGCGGUAUCAACAUGAGAUAUCUUGGAGAGAUCGCCCGUCUUGCCGACAAGCCCGAACAACCUCGUCUACAGGCCCUCAAGCAGCUUGCCAUUCAGGAAAUGAUUGCUAGAGCUUUCAAGCACACUUCCAGCAAGUACCUCAGAUACCAGUCGCCGCCUUUUGUCCAGGCCUGUAUUGCUCACCUUCUCAACUGCUUGUUGGGUGCUGAGCUCAACACCAAGCCUACCGCGGAGACUGACGCAUCUCUCAAGCCCCUGUAUCCCGAGGAGGACUUCUCUUUCGAGGCUGCCACACCAGAGUCUAUCAAGGCUGAUAUCGUCAGCGAGAUCAAGAGGCGCUACCAAUUCGACCUCGGUGAUGCUUGGGUACAACCAGGCAAGCAGGUCCAAUUGCUCCGUGAAGUUUGUCUCAAGCAGGGUCUUCAACUUCAAGCCAAGCAGUAUGGCUUUGCCAAGGCCGAUGCACCAGCUCCGGCGCCUGUUCAGAGUCCCGCACCUGCCACUAAUGGUACCACAGGCGGAAAGAAGAAGAAGAACAAUAAGAGCAAUGUCGAGCGUUCACCUGCUCCCAAAGCAGCAUCCUCUGUUCCUACUCAGACCUUCCACCCUGACGAUGUUCUCAACGUCGUUCCCAUCAUCAAGGAUGCUGCACCGCGCAGUGUGUUGGCCGAGGAGGCUCUCGAAGCUGGUCGUAUCUCACUCUCGCAGGAUCAAAAGGAGCUUGGCCAAGAACUGCUUCUUGAGUCUCUUUCCCUCCACGAGCAGAUCUACGGUAUUCUUCACCCUGAAGUCGCCCGUGUCUACUACGCAUUGUCGACCAUUUACUACGGUCUGGAUGAGAAGACUGCUGCUGUUGAGCUCGCCCGUAAGGCAGCCAUCAUCUCCGAGCGAACUCUUGGUGUUGACCACUCCGAGACUGUUCUCAGCUACCUCAACUUGAGUCUGUUCGAGCACGCAAGUGGCAACACCAAGAAUGCCCUUGCAUACAUUCGUCAUGCUCUUGAUCUCUGGAAGGUCGUCUAUGGUACUAAGCACCCCGACUCAAUCACCACUAUCAACAAUGCUGCAGUCAUGUUGCAAAGCAUGAAGCAGUACCACGAGUCUCGCCUCUGGUUUGAGUCAUCUCUUGCCAUGUCUGAGGAAGUUUCUGGUAAGACAUCAGUCAGCACGGCUACACUGCUCUUCCAGCUCGCUCAAGCAUUCGCUCUUGACCGCGACUACAAGAGCGCUGUCAACCGCAUGCGUGAAGCCUUCAACAUUUUCAAGAACGAGCUUGGCCCUGAGGACCGCAACACCAAGGAGGCAGAGACAUGGCUUGAGCAGCUCACUCAGAGCGCUGUCUCGCUCGCGAAACAUGCCAAGGUCCUCCAAGACAAGAAGGUCUUGUUGGGACCCAAGGCCCCCAUGGUCGGCAGAGGUGCCAGAGUUCAGCCCUCAAUCGGACAGAGUGUUGAAGCUGCUGCUGCUCCUAGAGCUGCUGACGUUUCCAAUGACAACAGAAGCGUCGACGAGCUCUUGAAGUACAUCAACGGUGAUGGUAGUAAGACUACACCGAAGAAGAAGCAGACUAACCCUAGAAGAAGACAGUAG